AUGCUGACUCUGAUGUCUUCCACCGCGCUUGCCCUGUCGGUCCUACUGGGUGGACAGGCUGCGAUGGCUGCCUCGAAUUCGGCUGCCGCCGCGGGACCAACAGGAGCCACCUACGCCUCGGGAUUUGACAUGAAGACCAGUUGGGCCAAUCUUAGCCCUUAUGCCGACGCAGCGAGCUUCAAUGUCUCUAAGGGCUUUCCUACCGAGUGCGAGCUGUCGCAGGUCCAUGUCUUACACCGUCAUGCGCAGCGGUAUCCUACUGCAUGGGCAUUGGACGGGGGAGGCAUGGAGAACUUUGCCCAGAAACUGGCCAACUAUUCUAAGAAGCACCCCAGCAAGAAGAUCGGCUCGGGUCCCCUCUCGUUCUUGAAUCAUUGGGUAUAUUUGUUAGGCGAGGAAACUCUCCUGCCGACGGGGGCAGCCACCGAGGCGGCCUCUGGUGCCGAGUUUUGGAGCCAGUACGGCCGUCUACUCUAUCGUGUCCCUCAUGGUGCUGCGGCGUGGAAUUCAUCGUUUAAUGUGUAUCCCAAUGGCACAGCACGACCGAAGCCCACCUUCCGCAGCACCUCUUAUCCUCGGAUUUUGGAGAGCGCUCGUUGGUGGCUGAGCGGUUUCUUUGGAAACACAGGCGCCAAUAGCUCAUACUCACAGUACAACCUCGUCACCAUGCCCGAAAGGGAGAAAUUUAACAACACACUUUCCUCGACAGACUCUUGCCCCAACGGCGUUGGUCCUGGAGAUGAUGCGUCCGAGGUUUUCGCCAAGACCCUGGUCAAGAACGCCCGCAAGCGUCUAUCUGCAUUCCUGCCAGAUGAUCUUGAGCUGAACACUCACGAUCUCAUGGCCAUGUUCAGCAUGUGCCCAUAUGAAACUGCGGCUCUAGGCACCUCAUCUUUUUGUUCACUGUUUACCGAGCAGGAAUGGCGCGACUUUGAGUACUACGUUGACAUCCAGUUCUACGGCAACUAUGGCUUCGGGUCACCCAGCGGCCGCGCCCAGGGGAUUGGCUACGUGCAAGAGCUGGCGGCACGUCUCCAGUCCCACUUGAUCAAGAGCAGUGACAGCAGCAUCAACUACACGUAUGACAACAAUGCCAAGCAGUUCCCACUGCACCAGCCGAUGUACAUGGACAUGUCCCACGACGACAUCAUCGUCGCGGUGCUGACGGCACUGGGCUUGGAUUAUUUCAAGUACAGCUCGCAUGGCAUGCCAACGUCUGUAAUUCACGCCCCUCGCCGGAACUUCAACCUAAAUCAGCUCACUCCCUUUGGUGCGCGUCUGUUCUCGGAAGUUUGGACGUGUCCUAAAGGAGCGUCGUUUGAACACCUUCAGCCGCAGAUGUACAAGAACCCAGAUUUGUCUUCGAAAUCUGGAACUACGGACUACAUCCGGUUUGUGUUGAACAAUGCCCCGGUGCCGCUGGAUGGAGUGAAUACCUGUGCUGGCUCAGUGAAUGGGUUCUGUCCUCUGAAGAAGUUCCUCGACCAAGUGCCUCACCUGUCCAAGGAGGCCAUGUACCAGCAGGCUUGCUUUGGUUCUUACAAUAUCACCAGCCAAGUUGGCAACGGGCAGCCCAAGAAG